CGUGCGUGAUUGAUUAUCUGAACAUAGAUAUAGAAUAGAAGCUAGAUCUAGAUCUGUAUUCUAUAUCUAUGUCUAUGAUCUGAAUUAUGGCAUCUGUAAGAAGACCCGAGCAUCAAGCUCCACCAGAAAUUUUCUACAAUGAAACUGAGGCACGGAAAUACACUUCAAACACACGAAUGAUUGAAAUCCAGCUAAAGAUGACAGAGCGUGCAGUGGAACUCCUUACCCUCCCUGAGGAUACGCCAUGCAUGAUUCUCGAUUUGGGGUGUGGAUCGGGCUUGAGUGGCGAGACGCUCACGGAGCAUGGACACAACUGGGUGGGGUUGGACAUUAGCAGCAGUAUGCUGAGUGUAGCUCUGGAGAGGGAGGUGGAAGGAGACCUGAUGCUUGGAGACAUGGGACAGGGCCUGUCCUUUCGACCAGGAAUGUUCGAUGGUGCAGUCAGCAUCAGUGCACUACAGUGGCUUUGCAAUGCGGAUAAGAAGUCACACGUGCCAGCAAAGCGCAUGUUCAAGUUCUUCUCAACGCUGUAUUCCUGCCUCGCACGUGGCGGCCGUGCAGCUUUCCAAUUUUACCCAGAAAACUCCCAACAGGUAGAGCUUAUCACCCAACAAGCAUUGAAAGCAGGAUUUACUGGUGGUGUCGUUGUGGACUAUCCGAACAGUAGUAAGGCGAAAAAGGUAUUUCUCGUGCUGUUCGUAGGAGGGCAGCAGCAGUUGCCCCGGGGUCUGGGUACGGCACCUGGUGAGAAGGGUGUCCCCGGCCAUGUUCAGUACACAGAUGUCAGACAGAGAAUAAAAGCAGCAAGAGGAAAGCCACUAAAGAAGAGCCGAGAUUGGAUUUUGGAGAAAAAGGAACGAAGAAGACGACAGGGAAAGGAAGUGAGACCAGACUCAAAGUAUACUGGCAGAAAAAGGAAAGACAAGUUUUAAGUGUCAUCAUGGUUCGAUAAACAUUGGAAUGUGUAUAUAUGAUAUGCAUCGCAUUUUUCUGUGAUUAUUAAGUAAUAAAUUUUUAUCAUGCAUAGAUGAUGAACAAACCUCACACAA